CCCAGCAGGCCUUUGGAUAAAACAUCACAAAAAUUCUCCUGAUACACUGAUUAUCACAACCACUACCACUGCCACUAACCUCUAACACAUUCAUUAUCAUGAGAUCUAUCACAAGAGUUGGAGCGUUUAGGUCUAUUUCUAAAAGUCGAUUCUAUUCAACUAUACAGCUUUCUCAAUUACAAAAUGCUCAACCUCCUAAACCACAAAUUAAACAAUUCUCUAAUCCUUUAUUUCAUACAUUCUUAAUAGCUUCAUCAGCUUAUAUACUAUUACAUUCAUGGUGGAUUAGUCUUGAAUAUGAGAAUAAAGAAAAAGAGCUUAUUGCAGAAUCAAAAAGAUUAGAAGAAUUGGUGCAGGAUAUAAUUAAUGAGAAACAAGCUGAACUUAUAAAUCGUGAAUCUUCACGUAAAUGGUAUAAAUUAUGGUUAUGGAAGUAAAAGAUUAUUUUGGUAUUUGGUAUAUAACCAACAAAUAAUUUUGUAUA